AUGUCUAAUUCACAAGUACAUUUCAGUGACAUGCAAUCAACCUUCAUUAGCAACUACAUGGAGAUGGAGGAGCCAGUGCAGGAGAAAGAACAGUAACUGAAUUGGUGCCAACGUACUUUUGGUCCUCUGAAAAAAGGUGGAAUAAGAAUGAGUAUUAUCAGUUUGCUUGCUCCUUGUUUGGGUGUUGGGAUGUUGGGUUUGCCAUAUAGAGCAAAAGAUUAAGGACUCAUAAUUGAAUUACUGUUGAUUGCACUUUGUGGAAUAAUCUCAUGUAUAUCAAUGCACAUUUUAAGUUGGAGUGCAGGCGAUUUGCAAUGCUCAUCCUAUAGUGAAUUGAUUCAGAUGAGUCUAGGAAAUAAGAUGAAGAGAGGUUUCGAAAUAUUAACUAUCUGUUAAUGUUUAUUGGGAAUUACAUAAAUCUAGAUCUCUUUUCAAUUAUUUAUAUAUGAAUUAUUCAGAUAUUUCGAGAUAACUGUCGAUCAAAGAGAACUGGCAAUAAUAACCUAAUUAAUCUUCAUAAUACCAAACCUAUUGAUAUCUUUUCAGAAAACUCUUUACAAAUUAAGAUAUUUUUCAUUGGUUGGAGUAAUUUCAGUGAUAUACAUAACCUCCCUAACUUCACUUGAUUAUUUUGCCAGAGGCUCAUACAACGAUGACAUUAAAAUCAAAUUGGUGGAUGUAGAUUUCAAUAUUUUCACUACUUUUGCAAUGACCUUCUUCUGUUAUCUAUGUCAUUUGUUUAUAUUCCCAAUUAGAAAGGAAUUGCAUAAUCCAACAAUCUCACGUUAGUCUAAAAUAUGGAAAAGACAAUGCUUGAUCUGUUUUAUAGUGUAUUCACUAAUCUGUAUUAGUGGAUACCUAAGAUUUGGAGAUGACACAUAACCUUGGGUUAUUUACAAUUAUCAUGGGGAUCUCUUUUUUGUGGGAAAAUUGGGCAUGUCAAUGGCUCUAUUCUUUGCUGUUCCCUUGAAUAUAUUAGCAUGUAGACAAAUCAUUCAUGAUAUGUUAUUAUCUGACGAGAUGGAAUACCAACUCAAACAUAGAAAUCUCAGGAUUUAAGCUCAGGAUGGGAAGAUUACUUUUGAGGUUGAUAGUGUUGAUACUUUUAGAUCCAAAAUUCACAUCUAUUCAACUUUAGUACUCCAAUUUGGAAGUGCCAUACUAGCUCUAAUUUUACCCAACAUCAAUCGCUACAUCACAUUACUUGGAGGUCUUUUAGGUACUACUAUGGUUUGUUUGAUUCCUGUUCUGAUCUACUUGAAGGAGUAUAGAGAUAAACUGAAUUAUUCCAUAGUAAUUUUGGAAAUCAUGGGGGUUGUCUUUGGUUGGAUUGGAGCUGUUUAUGGUUAGUUUUGA